AUGGCGCAAACGGGCAAUGAAGCACUUGACGGUGCCACGCAGGACUUCUCGGACCCCACGGACCCCCGGGCCGGCUCAAAGAGCCAUCACAAGAAGAUGAAGUUGGCUGGCAGCUUCGUGCACUCCACCGAGCCCAGGGAUCACCAUUGCGCCAGGCUCCGGAAACUCCUCGGCAGCAUUCACCUGGCCAACAUCAUGGCCCUUGUGGUUCUGGUGGAUGCAUAUUGCACGUGCGUUGACAUCGACGCCAGGGCAGAGGGCGUUCACACGCCCGACAUCUUCACGACGCUCUCAACGAUGUGUCUGAUGAUGUACACUCUGGAGGCAGCGGCCUUGCUUCUUGCCUUUGGCCCGAGGCAGUUCUUCAGCGACUGGAUAGGGACGCUCGAUGUGAUCAUCGUGUCGUGCGGCUGGGCGGAGAAGGUCAUAACUGCAGCCGCCAUGGUCGGCUCAAUUGGCUUUCGCACGGCAGUGCUGCGCGCUCUGCGCCUGGUGAGGAUUGUCCGCCUCUUGCGGUCAUUGAAGAGGAUCCGAGCCCUGAAAGAGCUGUACAAGCUGGCUCUCAUGAUGGCCACGUGCUUCAAGGCCCUGCUCUGGUGCUUUCUGCUCUGCUUCAUGGUGAUGACCGUGUGGGCCAUGCUGAUGGUGGAAGUCGUCAGCCCGUAUGUAAGGGGGAUGAGCGUCUUCAGCAGCUGUCCACAAUGCACGCGGGCUGUGAGUUCCGUGAUGGAUGCGAAUCUGCUGCUGUUCAAAACGGUGAUUGCUGGCGAUUCCUGGGGCGAAGUGGCUGUUCCCGUCAUGCAGGAGUAUCCUGGGACGGCCAUCAUCUUCAUCGGCUCUUUGCUGUCGCUGGUCUUUGGCGUUCUGAAUCUUAUUGUCGCCGUUGUGGUCGACACCUUCGCAGAUGCUCGGCAACAUGACGUCCAGAGCUUGGCUGAAGAGAUGGAGGUGGAGAUCGACCAUGAUCGAACGAUUCUGGCAAAGCUGUUCAAAAGGAUGGACAAAGACGGGAGUGGGCAGCUGACUCUUUCGGAGCUCAUCGAAGGAGCUUGCCGGGACCCUGCAUUCCAGAGCCGGCUGCGCGUCAUGGACAUUGAUGAACAGGACCUUGAGCAGCUGUUCCGGAUGAUUGACCAAGAUGGAUCUGGAACGGUGGAAGUCUCCGAGUUCAUUGGCCCCCUGAGCAGGUGGGCGCACGACAGCAAGACCGCCCCACGUUUUAUCAAGUACAACCUCCUCCAGUCGAUGCAUCUCCAGGAGGAGCUUCACGACAUUGCCGCGGAGGGUUUUCAAGAGAUGGCUGCAAGAAUUGACGAUCUGACCGGGAUGGUUGAGAAGCUUGCGGUGGUCAAGCUAGCCGAGCCCGAACAUGCGGAAGCGCCAAAGGAGCAACGACUAUCGCCGGGCACAGCGGAGAGGCAGACUUCCGAAGGCGCUGAGGCUCCCACGGAGGACUUAGAGGCCUGUGAAACACAGGCACCGAUCCAUACCGUCGAGCCGGGCAUCCAUCAGCCACAGUGCUCACCUCAGCCAAUGACACUUCUGGCGGCAACAUCUGCGCAGAAGGGCGGUGGUGAUGUGAAUGUGGCGAUGAUCGAGGCCAAGCUUGCCUCUGCAAUGGCCAGACUUGAAGGCAAGUUGGACCAAAUGCUCUCGGGAGGUAGAAGCCCAGUCGAUUCGCAAGUGUUACACCCAAUGCUGCCGGGAUCCCGCGGCCACAGCCCGGCAGAUCCACAAAUGUCGCAAGAACGCCAGGUGGUUGCAAGCAUUGACAUGGGUGUCUUUCAUGCAGAGCGCGGGCGCCGCAAGGGGGCCAAGAAGACGCGCAACGUCGACGCGUUUCAGAAGAUGUACAUGGAUGCCGGCCAAAGUAACGCAGACGAGCAUGAGAGAGACCCACGGGAUCCCAGUAUCGCCGCGUUACUGCCUGAUUUCCAGUUUUUGCCUCAUAUGCCGAAUCUUCCGACUUUGCCAAACAGGCCAAGCAUCAGAUUGUAG